AUGACAACUAAUAAUUCAUCAUUCGCAAAUACAAAUCGAUCAGUAGGAAAUUUAAUGGCACCGAAUGGUCAAGCAUCAAGUAAUUCAAAUGAAAAUAAUAACAAUAGUAACAAUGAAGAAGACCAAUUAAAUCGUAUUAAUUUACAAACAUUACAAAAUCGUGAUCCAUACAUAUCAAAAAUAGUUGAUCAAGCACAACGUGUUUGCGUUUAUAAAUUUGUUGCUGAAAAACGAGAAUGGGAGCGUAAAGAUCUAGAAGGAACUUUAUUUGUUUAUGAACGAUUAUGCAAACCAUAUCAUGGUUUUGCUAUAUUGAGUACAGUUUCACGGGAAACAUUUGUACAAAUAAUAAAAUCAUCUAUGGAAUUCAAACAUACACCUGCUUAUGAAGCAUUUCUUCAAUAUAAAGUUGAUGUUGGAGAUAUUUAUGGAAUAUGGUUUAUUUCAAAAACUGAUUGUCCUCGCGUAACAGAAUGUUUAAAAUGUUUAACAGAAAAAGCAAAAGAAUAUGAACAAACAAAGCCAGCUGAAAAUGUUUCUUAUUUAACAUCACAAAAAUCAAAUGAAAUAAUUUCUUUGUUAACCAAUGCUCAUGAUAAAUUUGAAGAAUCUAAACGUAAACAACAAGUAAAUAACAGUGAAUCGUUGACGCAAAUGCCGGCUGUACUUUUACGUUUAUUUUCUACUCAAGAAACAUCAACUCAAUCAACUAUUGUCAAUGGUGAACGCGGAGAAGAAUUAAAAAGAACAUUAAACAUUUCAGGAAAAUCAGCGUUAAGUGUAACUGAACUUGAAAAGCAAUUACUUCAAUCACCAUCUUCUCAAAAUCAAGAGACCACAAAACCCGUUCCCGUUAAUGAUACUCUUGAAAAAUUUGUAUCACUUUCACCAAAAAGUCAAAAUCGAACUGCAUCUCAAUCGAUCUCACCGCAUACAGUAUCCAACUUACAACCGACCACUCUUCAUUCGAAACCUUUUCAUGAACUUGAUUCUAUAUCAACCAAUGCUAAUCGUUUAAUGACACCGGCAGAUUUUAAAACUUUACGUUUGCCAAAAUCACCAGUUCAUAGUGCACCAGCUCAAGCUGAAUCAUCAUUUUCAGCAUCGUGUUAUCAAUGGCAGCAUCCACAAUCUCUGUCUACUAAUUCUUUUUCAAAAGAUAAUCUUCGAAAACUAUUAGUUCAUAUGCUUCAAAACGACGAAGAACUUGUAACCGGUUUACAUGAUGCUUAUAUCGAAAAACAAGCUAUUUUGAAUCGUAUAUAUUCAUAA